AGUAAAAAGACAACUUGUGGCAGCGCGUUUAGGAAGGAUCAACCGCAGCCAUGGGCAGUGGGAUAAACAUGAACAUUGGCGAUGCGCCCGCCGCUCCUGCGCUGACAAUAUCCGCGGAACAUAUCGCGCAGAAGUCUGCGCCCUCGUGGGUGGAAUGGGUGGAGCGAAACUCCAAGCCGCUGGUGCGCAAGCGGCACCAGGAAGAGCGCAAAUUAACCAAAUGGCAGAAGAAGGGACCCAUGAAGCAGAAGGACUGGAAGAAGUUCUUUCAUUGGGCAGAGAAGCGCGCCAUGCCACAGGAGAGAAAGUUCAAGGAGGAAGAGCAGCAGCAGCAGUUGUUCCAUCAGGCCAGCGGCAGGGCCGCAGGGAGUCUGGAUGUGUAUGAUCAGGCCGACAAGCUCGAGGAACUGGCCAGGCCACGCAUUGUUAACAAGAAGCACCAGUUCCACGACAACGAGCCGACCUAUUCCCCUGUCAUCGUUUUGGGACAGCCGCCCCAUCGGGACAAGGGUCGUCCCUUCCAGCCUCCCUACGUGCCCUGCUGCUUCCAGCACGACGAUGUGGAGGCCAACUUCUGGUCCCAGCUGCGUUUCCCCAUACGCAAGGAAGCACUUCGCACCAGUGCCACGCCACGCAUCAUCAGUCUGGCCAAGCCACGCACCCUGCCCGUCCAUCCCCAUUGCCCUAUUCCCCCACGCAGCUUGGACCCGCUGGAUGUGCCACCACCCAAACGCAAGAAAUUCACAGCCCAAGGCUGGCGCCUACAUCAGAUUCGACUCAUCUAUCUGUCCAAGCCCAUGAACAGGGGGCACUACGAAUAUUUUUAUUUGUGAGCGAAGGAGUGCAGUAUGUGCCUCC